AUGGGAAACACCAUCGGUUCUUCUUCUUCUCCGGUGAAGCAGGAUGUGCCCGAGACGUGGUCGACGAGUUUUACGGAGGGCGACACCGCGGCGCACAAUUUUGAGGUGACGGGCUUGUCGCUGCUAGACGGCAUGGGCGCCGGCAACUUCGUCUCGUCGAGCACAUUCUUCGUCGGCGGCUGCGAGUGGGACAUCACGUUCUACCCCGACGGGUGGAAGGCGGGCGGUGGCGCCCACGCCUCCGCUUAUCUGCGUCUAUGCAAUGGAGAACUAGGGUUGCAGACCAACUACACCCUGAGUUUAUUGGGCAAGGAUGGCCAAGUGUUUGUGCAAGGGAGCAUAGAACAUACCUUCCAGUCCGCAGGUAUGUUUUGGGGCUUCGAGCACUUUGUCCAGAAGUCCAAGCUGCGACGGCUGCUAUCCGACAACGAGGACUGUGUAACGAUCAGGUGUGUUUUGACUGUCAUGAGGAAGCAUGACACUUUGGCCAUCCCGGCCCCGCCGUCGAAUCUGCAAGAGGAUUUUGCAAGGAUGUUGAAGGACGAGGAAGGCGCGGAUGUAACGUUCAUCGUGGGUGACAAAUCAUUCCGUGCUCAUAGACAUGUGCUGGCGGCACGAUCACCGGCCUUCAGGGCAGAGCUUUUGGACCCGACGAAGGCGGACCCUACAAAACCCGUCAAGGUUGAUGACAUGGACCCCGUCAUCUUCGAGGCGCUUCUUUAUUUCAUGUACACGGAUACGCUCCCACAUGGUUGUGAUCUUGAGAAAAGCGCGACGCUGCAACAUUUGUUCAUUGUCGGAGUUCGAUAUGGCCUGGACAGGCUAGCGACGAUGUGCGAAGGGAAACUAUGCCAAAACAUAAACGAGCACACAGUGGCAACCGCCCUAACUUUGGCAGAGUGGUAUGACCGCGUCCAUCUCAAAAAUGCUUGCAUCGCAUUUGUGUCGUCGCAGGAUGUGCUCGACGCCAUGAAGGAGACCAAUGGAUUCAAGCACCUCAUGACACGCUAUCCGGGGGUGAUGGUGGAUAUUUUGAAACAGAAUCUGCCGUCGUCAAUAGGGGUACGUGUAAUUUAUGGUAGAAUUGUCUUUAAAUAA